AUGGGCGCCUUAGAUAUCGCAUUCUACCGACCCCGGAACGAGGGCUUUCUCACCCUUGAACAAAUAAUCAGUUUGGACUGGAAUAUCUCACGUCUCAUACAAAAAACGGGCGACUGCUCGCGCUGCUACGACGACUUGACUGUAAUGGCCACAAUACACUCGACUUUGGAAACGAUCCUGCUACUUUUGGAGGCAGCCCAAACAGCCUAUGCACAUCGUGCAGAUCGAGAGGGGAAACAGACGCCCCCUGAGAUCAUGAACGAACUACUGGAUAGAAGAUCGGAUGGCAGAAUCAAGGAUGCUAGGAGUUCGAAAUUUGUUCUCGGACGCGUUGCCCUAGGCGAAGACGAUAGCAAUAUGAUAGCGCGUCGCCUGGUCACGACCGCAAUUUCGCGCAAAGCCGCGGUAAUUCGAGAUCUGAGAGAGAGAAUCAACAACUGUACAGGCGACCCGAGAGAAUCGUCGCAGUCGGAUGGUCGAGAUUACACGCUGUCUCGACAGGCAAGGGACAUGUAUGAUGACCUUGACGGUAAGAUGGCUUCGACCUCUGCUCGAGUUUGCUCUGCCGUCGCCAGAGCUAGCAUGUAUCAGUAG